CAAACAAACAGACAAGAAGAUGGAUGAACAAGUGAACACAUCCAUUUGUGAAUGUAUAUAAAGGCAUUAAGAUUAGCUGUGAAAAAAUGACUUUACUACUUUUCAGCAGUCAGAGGAAAUUUCUUGAACAGUCACAUUAACACUCUUGAAUAUAUACAACAACAAAACAACAUGUCUAACUAUUAUGACAACAUAACUGUCAAUAUCACUGGUACACAACACAAUUUCUGUUUGAAAUAUUAUCUACCAAAUAUAUUUGUUGCAAUAUUUGGAUUUAUUACCCUCAUAUUUGGUAGUUUCGGUAGUCUGUUAACCUGGAUUUAUUUAUUCAUGUUUCGUAAAUCGUCUAAAACAGUGUGUAUUAGUACAACUAAAAGUACAGCCACUCGAACUGGUGGUACAACAAGAACUGCUACAAUCAAAACUGUUACAACAAGAACUGAUGCACCGAGUAAUAAUACAAGUGCUUCAAGUGCUGGUGGUAGUGAUAUUCAACCGAAACAAGGAAAUCUACGUGCAUCAACACAAUUGCUAAUGGCUAGUUUAGCAUUUGUUGAUUUUCUUGGUCAAAAUAUCAGUUGUCUACGUUAUACAAUUUUAGCCUUGAAACAAUAUGAUUUAAGAUUAUUUUAUACAGAUAUAUUUUGUCGUUUACAAUUGUUCGCUGAAUAUUGUUGUCAAGAUGCAUCAGCUUGGUAUAUGUGUAUAUUGACGGGUGAACGAUUUUGGUUAAUGGCUAGACCAACAUCAGCUUAUAGUAUGAAUAAACGUGAGAUAAAACCGCCAGCAUUCACGCUGAUGAUAGUCACUUUAACUAUAAUUGGUAAAAAUGCAGUCCUGUUGGCUAGUAGUCAAGAUGUAUGCAGUGAAGGUUAUACAGAUAAAACAUUUUUUCUAAUUGAUUUAGUCUAUAAAUGUAUUAUUCCAUUUUUAAUACUUGUAACUACAAGUACUGGUAAUCUAAUAAUAAUGCAACGUCAAUUGAUAAAAAUGCACUCUGAUCAUAUGUCAAUAGGUAAGGGUUUAUCAAUUAUAACAAUGAGUCGUAAAAAUAAGGCAAAAUUACCACCGACAGCAGCUGCAAUGUGGGAGGUAGUAUUCGCCUGUCGUAUGAUGGUUGUAUCAAGUAUUGUUUUCAUUAUUGGUGCAUUACCUAUGAAUUUGUUUAAAUUAGCAAAUUCUAAUUUUAAAAAUGUACUCACUGCACGUGAUAUCUGUUCAGUUACUGAUAUUGUUUAUAAUACAAUUAAUAUAUUAUUUUGGACAUGUGUUGGUCUACGAUUUUAUUUAUACAUGUUCAGUUCACCAAGAGUACGUCAUGAUAUGUUUUUAAUCGGUCGUAUGACAUUAGUUAAGAUUAAUAUUUUGGCACCUUUAAGAAGAAUUUCAACAGGAUCAAAACCCAGUCAGAGUAGAUCAGUCAACGAUACAAAUCGCAGUCAAGGUCCAAGUAAAAAUUGAUGUGUGUAACAAGUAAAAAAAGAAAAAACAACCCAUGAAAAUACGAACUAACUAUUCAAAUAUUUACAUAAAAUAAAGAAUUUUAUCAAGCACUGACCGAAUUCAAUUUUAGCGGUUACAUGAAAUAUUAAAUGUUCAAUAGUUGAUUUGCUUUUUUUUUCAAAUGCAUAAAAUACUUUACUUCUGUUUGCACUUUAACAAACUUUAAAAACUUCAGUAAUAAUUGAACUGCAACAAGACAUAUGGAAUGAAAAAUGACGAAUUAAACUGCAUAUUACUUUUUAAUUUUAUCAUUCUUAUUCAUCUACAUGUUAGAAUACUGUCAUCAUUAUAAUGUAUUAUAUUUAAGUAUUCUGCGUUUAACACUGAAAGUUUAUUCUUUUGAUUUUCGUGUAUAUUCAGCAUUUUUUUUUUGAAGAUUGCGUAUGCGUCCCAUAGCAGUGAGCAAUGGCAAAUGAUUGAGGUUCUCUGGAUAUGAUAGUAACACACAGAAACCUUUCCUCUUAAAUUCUACGACUAUACUGUGGAGAAG